AUGGCCCUUUAUCUCAUGUUAUGUGAUUACAGCCCAUAUCAUGGCCCGGAUAGGUGGGUUUGGGGGCAUGAUAAUUCUGAAAACUUCACCGUGGCUAGUAUUAAACGAAUAGCGGAAUUGAUUGGAAGGGCUGUCCCGGAGUAUCAGUUCGUUUGGAAUAGUUAUGUCCCUAAAAAAGUUGGAAUUGUCCCUUGGAGAGCACUUUUGGAGCGGCUACCGACAAGGGUGGCGUUGACGGCUAGGAGUGUGAAUAUCGGUGACACCAGUUGCGUUCUCUGUGGCGAUUACGAAGAGACCAGUGAGCACCUGUUUGUAUCAUGCCAAUUCGCUCAAUCGGUUUGGUUGGUUAUGGCGCAAUGGUGCAAAUCCCCUCCUGUGAUUGCUUUCAGCCUUAGGGAUAUUCUAGAUGCUCAUAUGUUUCUUCCAGGUAGUAAAAAGAAAAAGAAAGUAUUCGGUGCUAUCUCUCAUGUUGUUAUUUGGAGUCUAUGGAAGAUGAGAAAUGAAGUUUUAUUUGGAGAAGCUAAUCCGAGUGUAUCGAAGGUAGUGGAAGAAUCAAAAUCGAUGUCAUAUCACUGGGUUAAGAAUCGGUCGAAGUCCUCUCAUUGGUCUUGGGGUGAGGGGUGUAGUUUUAACUUGGUAAUGUAG